AUGGCAGUCGAACUCCACCAUUUCAACACGGCCCUUGAUCGGCUUCGCUUUGCAUACUGGGUACCUAACGUUUCAGGCGGUCUUGUAACCAGCAAGAUCCCGCAAAAGACGAAUUGGGAACUCGGAAGCAAUAUACGAUACGCAAAGGCAGCCGAACAAGCUGGAAUCGAGUACGGCUUAACUCAAAUCCGGUUUCUGGCCUCAUACGGCGCGGCUAGACAGCAUCAGUCUGUUUCAUUCUCUCAAGCGAUCCUAGGAGCAACAAAGUCGAUAAAGAUCAUUGCUGCUAUCCUGCCUGGUAUCUGGAACCCAACGGUUGCGGCUAAACAGAUUGCCAGCAUUGACAGCUACAGCAACGGCAGAAUUGCCGUCAACAUCGUCAGCGGUUGGUUCAAAGGCGAGUUCACCUCUGUCGGAGAGUGGUGGUUGGAGCACGCGGAGAGGUACCGUCGAAGAAAUGAGUUCAUUCGUGUCUUCAAGGGCAUCUGGACUUCACCGGAUGAGACAGGUUUGACUUUCUCCGGUGAUUUCUAUCGAUACACCAAUUCCAACUUGAGCCCGAAGCCAGUCCAGACCCCUCAUCCUGGAAUCUUCCAGGGUGGGAACAGCGACGAUGCCAGAACAAACGCCGCUGAAGUUUAG